AUGGAACUGGGAGGUGUUUGGCAAGCAAGAAAUAACAUAGCUGAAUUUGAAGAUGAAUCUGGUAAUAUUGUUGCUCAUCAACAAAACAUAACUGUCAUCCUUAUUGAUUAUAUUCAAACAAAGUUUACUGCUCAACCAGUUCAAAUUUCUGAGAAUCUUCUUGAAGCAAUACCUCAACUAGUAACUGCUGAAGAUAAUAGUAUUCUAGAACAUCUGCCCACAGGAGAAGAAAUCAAAAAUGUUGUCUUUGAGUUAAAUCAAGAUGGUUCCCCUGGUCCUGAUGGAUUCACUGGUGUAUUCUAUAGAUUUGCUUGGGACAUAAUAAAGGAAGAUCUUAUUGCUGCUAUCCAAUAUUGCUGGAGUAAUCAGGUAAAUCCUGCUGGAUUAAAUUCUAAUUUCUUAGUUUUACUCCCAAAAAUUAAAAGAGCAAAAAAGGCAAAUCAGUUCAGGCCUAUAGGUUUGAGUAACUUCUGCUUCAAAAUCUUUACAAAAAUUAUAGCAAUAAGAAUGAGUAAUGUAUUGCAUAAAUUGAUCUCCACACAACAAUGUGCUUUUAUUAAAGGGAGAAAUAUACAUGAACAAGUUCUUUUAGCCUCAGAAUUAGUCAAUGAAAUGCAGUUUACUAGAAGAUGGGGCAAUGUAGGGUUGAAAUUAGAAAUUUCCCAAGCUUAUGAUACUCUAAGUUGGGAAUAUCUUUUGGUUGUCUUAAAGAAAUAUGGUUUUUCAGAUUGGUUCUGUAACUGGAUUCAUGUUCUACUAAAAACAACUAAGAUAUCCAUCAUGUUGAAUGGAGGGCCAAUUGGAUAUUUUGGAGUUGGAAGAGGUGUCAAGCAAGGUGAUCCAUUAUCUCCUAUUCUGUAUGUUCUUGCUGUUGAUGUGCUAAGUAGAAAUAUUGUUCAUUAUAUUCAAGAGGGUAAAAUUCAGCCUAUGGUCAUAAAAAAAGAAGAAAAGAAAUUUAUAACAAUUUCUUGGGACAAAGUUUGUACUCCUAUUGAGGAAGGUGGGUUGGGUAUAAGAAGAUUUGAAGACAUCAAUAAGGCUCUCUUAAUGAAACUCUUAUGGAAAAUUCUUACUUCUGAUGAAGAAUGGGAAAAAUUCUUUCUAGCCAAGUAUCAAGAUAAAAAUGGUGUCUGGAUUACUCACUUUAAAAAAUCUUCUAUCUGGACUGGGAUAAAAUGGGUAUUACAUGACUUUGAAGACAACACUAGAUGGAUGGUGGGGGAUAGAAAGAAGAUAUCAGUUUGGAAGGAUACAUGGAUACUUGAAUCAAAUAUUCUUAAAAUGCAUCCUGAAAAUGAUUACAUUCGGCAGAAUAUUCAUAUGAAAGUAAGUGAUUUAAUAGUUGAUAACACUUGGACUAUACCAGAAGAAAUGGUUGAAGUUUUUCCAUAUGAAGACUUGCCUUUAAUCUCCACAACACCUGAUAAACUUAUUUGGCCUGAAAAUCAAGAUGGUGUUUUCUCAGUUCAUAGUGCAAUCAAUAUUUUCAGACAAAAACAGCCUAAACUGAGAUGGUAUAAAAGAAUAUGGAAAACUUGUGUCCAUCCUUCUACUGCUUCAAAUGUUUGGAAAAUCACUAGAGGGGCUUACAAAACAGAUGAAAAUGUGAAGAAAAGAGGUAUGAAUAUUUCUUCUAGAUGUUAUUUAUGCAGAAAAGAUCAAGACUCUACGAAUCAUUUAUUAUGGAAUUGUGAUUAUGUAAAAAUUCUAUCGAAAUGGAUUGGUGGGGUCUUUGCUUUUAAAAACCCAACAUAUUUUGAUGAUAUUAUGCAAAUGAGCAAGGACAAAAGUUCAGUGAUACAAGAGCUCUGGCAUAUUGCAGCUUUUAGCAUCAUGGUGGACAUCUGGUUCACUAGGAAUAAGUUGUUCUUUGAAAAUAUUUCUCCUGAUAGUAGAAAAGUAAAACACAGAAUUGCUGAGAUGAUUCAGGAUUGUGAAGUAAGACUUAAAGGCUAUAUGAACAAUUCUGCUUAUGAUCUCAAGAUUCUGAAAUAUUUCAACAUUGGGUGUAGAAGAGUUAAAUCUUUUAAAGCAAUAUAA